UCCGCCUCCUCGGUGCCGCGGUCGGAGCCAUUUCUCCGCUGCUUCCAUGCGGGGUGAGGUUCGUUCCUUCACCGUUUGUGUGGAAGCUUGGAGCUGCGAACUCGCCUGAAGAGGGUUGUGCUUUCGGGCACGGAGCCGUGGAGGAAGGUGUGAAGAAGACACCUGAAUCAUGGGUGACAUUAAAAAUUUUCUGUAUGCCUGGUGUGGCAAAAGGAAGAUGACCCCUGCCUAUGAAAUUAGAGCAGUAGGAAACAAAAACAGACAGAAAUUCAUGUGUGAGGUUCGAGUAGAAGGGUUUAAUUAUGCUGGUAUGGGUAAUUCCACCAAUAAAAAAGAUGCACAGAGCAAUGCUGCCAGAGACUUUGUCAACUAUUUGGUUCGAAUAAAUGAAGUAAAGAGUGAAGAAGUUCCAGCCGUUGGGAUUGUACCACCCCCACCCAUACUUACGGACACAUCUGAUAGCACAGCAAGUACUGGAGAAGGUGCACCACCACCCAUGGGAGGACCACUUCCUCCACAUCUGGCUCUCAAAGCAGCAGAGAAUAAUUCUGGAGUAGAGUCUUCAUCUGGCUAUGGUUCUCCUGGACCCACCUGGGACAGAGGAGCCAAUUUAAAAGACUACUACUCAAGAAAGGAGGAACAAGAAGUGCAAGCGACUCUAGAGUCAGAAGAAGUGGACUUAAAUGCUGGGCUUCAUGGAAACUGGACAUUGGAAAAUGCUAAGGCUCGCUUGAACCAGUAUUUCCAAAAAGAAAAGAUCCAAGGAGAAUAUAAGUACACCCAAGUGGGUCCCGAUCACAACAGGAGCUUUAUUGCAGAAAUGACCAUUUAUAUCAAGCAGCUGGGCAGAAGGAUUUUCGCACGUGAACAUGGAUCAAAUAAGAAAUUAGCAGCACAAUCAUGUGCCCUCUCUCUUGUCCGACAACUCUAUCAUCUUGGAGUGAUUGAGGCGUACUCUGGGCUUACAAAGAAGAAAGAAGGAGAGAGAGUUGAGCCUUACAAAGUUUUCCUCUCUCCUGAUUUGGAGCAUCAACUGCAAAAUGUGGUUCAAGAGCUAGAUCUUGAAAUUGUGCCUCCACCCAUUGAUCCUUCUAUGCCAGUUAUACUCAACAUUGGGAAAUUGGCUCAUUUUGAACCAUCUCAGAGACAAAACGCAGUUGGAGUCGUACCUUGGUCACCACCACAGUCCAACUGGAAUCCUUGGACUAGUAGCAACAUUGAUGAAGGGCCCCUGGCUUAUGCUUCUACUGAACAAAUAAGCAUGGAUCUUAAGAAUGAAUUAACAUACCAGCUGGAACAGGAUCAUAAUUUACAAAGUGUAUUACAAGAGAGAGAGAUGCUUCCUGUGAAGAAAUUUGAACCUGAAAUCCUGGAAGCCAUUAGUCAAAAUUCAGUUGUGAUCAUUCGCGGGGCCACUGGAUGUGGUAAAACCACACAGGUUCCACAGUACAUUUUGGAUGACUUUAUCCAGAAUGACAGAGCAGCAGAGUGUAAUAUUGUUGUGACUCAGCCCAGAAGGAUCAGUGCAGUUGCAGUGGCUGAACGAGUUGCUUAUGAGAGAGGUGAAGAGCCUGGAAAAAGCUGUGGUUACAGUGUUCGGUUUGAGUCUAUACUCCCACGCCCCCAUGCCAGUAUAAUGUUUUGUACUGUAGGCGUACUCCUAAGAAAAUUAGAAGCAGGCAUUCGAGGGAUCAGUCAUGUAAUUGUAGAUGAAAUUCACGAAAGAGAUAUUAAUACUGACUUCCUAUUGGUAGUACUACGUGAUGUCGUUCUAGCUUAUCCUGAAGUCCGCAUCGUUCUUAUGUCUGCAACUAUCGAUACUACCAUGUUCUGUGAAUAUUUCUUUAAUUGCCCUAUCAUUGAAGUUUAUGGAAGGACUUUCCCGGUUCAAGAAUAUUUUCUAGAAGAUUGCAUUCAGAUGACCCAAUUCGUUCCCCCUCCAAAGGACAAAAAGAAGAAAGAUAAGGAAGAUGAUGGUGGUGAAGAUGAUGAUGCAAAUUGCAAUCUAAUAUGUGCUGAUGAAUAUGGUCCAGAAACAAAAUUGAGCAUGUCUCAGUUGAAUGAAAAGGAAACUCCUUUUGAACUCAUUGAAGCUCUCCUUAAGUACAUCGAAACCCUCAAUGUUCCAGGAGCUGUGUUGGUCUUCUUGCCUGGCUGGAAUUUGAUAUAUACUAUGCAAAAGCAUUUGGAAAAUAAUUCACAUUUUGGAAGUCACCGGUAUCAAAUUCUACCUCUGCAUUCUCAGAUCCCUCGGGAGGAACAGCGUAAAGUGUUUGAUCCAGUUCCAGAUGGAGUGACCAAAGUUAUUUUGUCCACAAAUAUUGCUGAGACAAGCAUCACCAUAAAUGAUGUUGUUUAUGUCAUUGACUCCUGCAAACAAAAAGUGAAAUUGUUUACUGCUCAUAACAACAUGACCAACUAUGCUACUGUGUGGGCAUCAAAAACAAACCUUGAACAGAGGAAAGGGAGAGCUGGCCGAGUGCGACCUGGGUUCUGCUUUCACCUGUGUAGUCGAGCUCGUUUUGACAGACUGGAAACCCACAUGACACCAGAGAUGUUCAGAACACCUUUGCAUGAAAUUGCUUUGAGCAUAAAACUUCUGCGUCUAGGUGGAAUUGGCCAGUUUCUUGCAAAGGCAAUUGAACCUCCACCUUUGGAUGCUGUGAUUGAAGCAGAGCAUACGCUUAGAGAACUUGAUGCUUUAGAUGCCAAUGAUGAGUUGACUCCUUUGGGACGAAUCCUGGCUAAACUCCCCAUUGAGCCUCGUUUUGGAAAAAUGAUGAUAAUGGGGUGUAUUUUCUAUGUGGGAGAUGCUGUCUGUACCAUCUCAGCUGCUACUUGCUUUCCAGAGCCCUUUAUCAGUGAAGGAAAACGCCUGGGCUAUAUUCACCGGAAUUUUGCUGGAAACAGAUUUUCUGAUCAUGUGGCUCUUUUAUCAGUAUUCCAAGCCUGGGAUGAUGCUAGGAUGAGCGGAGAAGAAGCAGAAAUACGUUUUUGCGAGCAAAAGAGACUCAAUAUGGCUACACUAAGAAUGACUUGGGAGGCCAAAGUACAACUUAAAGAGAUUCUGAUUAACUCUGGCUUUCCAGAAGAUUGUUUGUUGACACAAGUGUUUACUAACACUGGACCAGAUAAUAAUUUGGAUGUCGUUAUCUCUCUGCUGGCCUUUGGUGUGUACCCCAACGUAUGCUAUCAUAAAGAAAAGAGAAAGAUUCUUACCACUGAAGGGCGUAAUGCCCUUAUCCACAAAUCAUCUGUGAACUGCCCUUUUAGCAGCCAAGACAUGAAGUACCCAUCUCCUUUCUUUGUUUUUGGUGAAAAGAUUCGAACCCGAGCCAUCUCUGCUAAAGGAAUGACCUUAGUCACCCCCUUACAGUUACUUCUGUUUGCCUCCAAGAAAGUCCAGUCUGAUGGACAGAUCAUAUUUAUAGAUGACUGGAUCAGACUGCAAAUAUCACAUGAAGCUGCAGCAUGCAUCACAGCCCUCCGGGCCGCCAUGGAAGCUCUGGUUGUUGAAGUGUCCAAACAACCAAAUAUCAUCAGCCAAUUGGACCCUGUAAAUGAACAUAUGCUGAAUACGAUCCGUCAGAUUUCUAGGCCUUCAGCUGCUGGUAUCAACCUUAUGAUUGGAAGUGUACGGUAUGGCGAUGGUCCUCGCCCUCCCAAGAUGGCCCGAUACGAUAAUGGAAGUGGAUUUAGAAGAGGAUAUGGUGGAGGAGGAUAUGCCGGGGGAGGAUAUGGUGGUGGCUAUGGUGGAGGAGGCUUUGGAGGCGGCUUUGGAAGUGGUGGGGGAGGCUUUGGAGGUGGCUUCAACAGUGGCGGGGGUGGCUUCGGUAGUGGUGGGGGAGGCUUUGGAAGUGGUGGAGGUGGCUUUGGUGGUGGCGGAGGAGGCUUCGGUGGUGGGGGAGGUAAUUUUGGUGGUGGCAGAGGCGGCAACUUUGGGGGUAGUGGAGGCUUUGGAAGCAGUGGGGGAGGCUAUGGUGGAGGAGGUGGGGGCUAUGGAGGUGGUGGUAGUGGUGGUGGGGGCUAUGGAGGAGGCAGUGGAGGUUAUGGAGGUGGUGGGGGAGGUUAUGGUGGUGGAGAAGGUUACAAUAUUAGCCCCAACUCCUACCGUGGAAAUUAUGGCGGAGGAGGUGGUGGUGGUGGUGGUGGAUAUAGAGGAGGUUCCCAAGGGGGCUACAGAAACAACUUCGGUGGAGACUACAGAGGAUCUAGUGGCGAUUACCGUGGAUCUGGUGGGGGCUACAGAGGAUCUGGAGGAUUCCAGCGAAGGGGUGGCUAUGGAGGUGGUUAUUUUGGACAAGGAAGAGGAGGAGGGGGUGGUGGUGGUGGUGGUUAUUAAGGCUUGUGUCAGCCUGUGCAGACAAUUUAAAAAUGCAUGCUAUGUGUUUUUCCAAGAUGUUUAUUUGCACCCAAAAAGCAAACCCAUUUUCCACUUAAUCUGUAGCUUAUUGUAGUUUCAAGCAAGGAAGAAUGUAGACUAGUGAUUUUGUUUAUAUUAUGUAAUGUAAAAUAUGACCUAUUAUACAGGUAUCAUACCAUACAGUUUGUAUUUUUUCUUCAAGGGAUAAAGGUUUGCCUUUUAACUUAACUUGACAUUUUCUUGGUUUUCAUUUAAUAGAAAAUAAAGUAUUACACUGAAAAUUAA